AUGCCCUUAUUUCCUCCACCCCUCUCGGUCACCACCGCUGCCCUUCUUUCCUCCGUCCCCAGCAACGUCAUCGUUCUCACCCAAGACCUCGCCGAUGAACUCGUCCUCGUCGACACCAAGCUCGACAAGCUUCGCGGCGAGAUGCUCGACCUCCAGCACGCCGUUGCCUUCUUCCCCCACACCAAAAUUCACGCCUCCGUCGACUACGCCGUCACCGUCGGAUCCGAUCUCUACAUCGUCACUGCCGAGGCCCGCCAGAUCCUCGACUCAUCCAACUAUCCAAGUAUUGGUUCCUCGUUCCCGAUCAUCUCGACGCUCGCCGAUCCUCAUCGCAGAUCCUUAACUCCAUCGACUAUGCCGAUCACUCGGCUUCGGCUUUGUUGGGAUUCCUUCCAUUUUGCUAGGUCUGAAUACUCAAAGAAAUGA